UAAACUGAUUCACCGGUAUUUUUCUAGGUCGUAUACUAUAAUCAUGGUUAGGAAUUGGAGGACACGAAAGUAGAUAUGUUUAAUUAGUUAAAGAAGGAAAAUAAUCAUCUCAGAAAGGAUUAAAAAAAGUAAUCCUAGUUCUGGUAUCAAUUUCAUAUUUAUAGUGUUAUAUAUACUCUGAUGAACAAACAUGCCAUCUGUUGCAGAUGAAAAAGUUGAUUUAAUGACUGUGAUACAGAGUUAUAUGAGAGACAACAAUAUUAAACGUGAUGACGAUGUGAGAGAUUUAUAUCUUGGAAGUUGUGGAUUGACUGAUCUUGAUAAUUUAGAACAAUUUCGAUUUCUUCAACAUCUUUGGUUACAAGGAAAUAAAUUGAGUCAACUUUGUCUUCCUCGUAACCCUGAUGUCUCCUUUGUGCAUAUUAAUUACAGAAUAUCAGAAUUAUACCUGAACGAUAAUGAUAUCAAAUCAAUUUCUGGAAUGUUGCAUCAUCUGACUUGUUUGAAAGUGUUGAUGCUGCAAAACAAUCAACUUGAUGAUUUGGAUGAAACUACAUUAGAACUCAGACCAAUGCGUACUCUCCAUGUACUCAACAUGUUAUACAACCCAUUAUCACAAGUACAAGGAUACAGAUUACAUUUGAUACAUUUCUGUCCAUCUGUUACACUUUUUGAUAGGCAAGCUGUAACUGCACAAGAGAGAACAGCAGCUUCACAGAUUUAUGAAGAGAAACAGAAUGCAGUGAAGGCAACAAUAGCUUUUGGACGGCGAUCUGGAGGUCCUCCUUUCCCCACUUUACAGCAAAGUAAAACGACAAUACAUGAGCUUUCCAGUCAGGCUAAAAAUGACCUUGAUAAGAAGCAGGAAUGUUUUCCAACAUUGGAAGAAAUGGUUGAAGCGAGAACAAUGAAAAAAUCAUCGAUGCAAUACACAACAUUAGAUUGGUCACUUGUUCCUAAUAGAUUACAAAGAAUAAAUGGCGACAUUGCUCCCAAGCCACAAAAUAUAACCGUCAAGUUCAGAUAAUAAUACUUAAAUAUAUGAAAGAAGACUU